AUGGCUGACCAGCUAUCUGAGGAACUGAUUUCUGAGUUCAAGGAGGCGUUCUCGCUCUUCGACAAAGAUGGCGAUGGCACGAUCACGACGAAGGAGCUCGGUACGGUGAUGCGCUCGCUCGGGCAGAACCCGACGGAGGCGGAGCUGCAGGACAUGAUCAACGAGGUCGACGCGGACGGCAACGGCACGCUCGACUUCCCCGAGUUCCUCAAGAUGAUGGCGCCCAAGCUGCGCGACACGGACACCGAGGAGGAGAUCAAGGAGGCCUUCAAGGUCUUCGACAAGGACGGCAGCGGCUCCAUCUCCGCCGACGAGCUUCGGCAGGUCAUGAACAGCCUUGGCGAGAAGCUGUCGGACAGCGAGGUCAACGAGAUUCUCCGUGAGGCGGAUGCGGACGGCGAUGGUGUAAUCAACUACAAUGAGUUCGUGAAGAUGAUGCUCUCCAAGUAA